CACGUGCUAUUGUUUACGUCAGCUGAGUCAAGGAACUCGUGACUGUGCCGUGUGCGACCAAGGCCUAAUAUUUUACAUUACUAGACAGUAGCGAAAAGCAGCGAUGUCGUCCAGUCCAGGGUACAAAAGCCUCAAUCAUGAUGGAAGAUCUAGCUCUACGAAUACUUGUUGCUGUUCGAAAUCAUGGAGGAAGUGUCCUUGCUACGGAAAGGCGUGUAUUGUAAUCGCAGCUAUCAUCUGCGUUUUUGUCGCCGUUGUGUUUUCAGCUGCAGGUGUUUACUCAGUCUUCUACCCUAUACACGCGUCCUGUAAGAUAAACUGGUCAUUUAAUGCCUCGUGUGAUGUUGUCCAGACUAAAAUUGUACAGCAGAUCAAUGACUGGAAGGGUGCUGACAUGUGCAAUGGAACUCAGAGAUGUCUGUAUCUGCUUAAGGGCAAUAAGGCAGGUGUGAAGACAACAGCAACCCAUGAGACACCAAAAAAGCACUAUAUAGAUGACCUAACAUUUGACUUCAGUAGUGCUUCUGAUGGGUCCUGCCAAGUCAAGGGAUAUUCUACAUCAGAAACCUGGUAUGCAGUACUUGACUAUGGAACCAACUACUGCAACUUAAACAACCUAAUAACAGGUUCUGGUGUAGACAAGCUGCCCGCCUAUACUGAGACAACCAGCGAUUCUGUCUGUACUCAGUAUUCCAUAAGGAACUGUGAUGUCUAUUAGUGGUUUACUGUAUGCUUCAGUAACAUGUUGCCUUUCUGCUGUUGGGUCUUGUAACUACCACACAGAAGUGAUUGAGUGACUUUUGAACAUCAUAGUAUGCUUAAGUAACUGUGAUACUGACAACGAAUAUAUAUGAUGCAGCAUCAAGAAAGUCAUUGGUAUAAAAAUAAGAAUUAAUAUUCAAGAUAUUGUCAUCCAUGAUUCUCCAAGGGUUAUGCUUAUUUAUGGUCUCUGCACACCUGGAAGUCAUGGCAGUCAUUUUUACUGUUAGGUUAGUUUGAGACACUUCUCAUGUACAUUAGAGGAUCAAACUAGCCUUCUUGUAUCAUCUUCAAGUAGUGGACACCGAGCUUUGGAUUUUGUUACAACUUAUUCCUGGGAUUCGGAGAGUGUAAGUGAGGGUAACCUCUGAAGUAAAGAGGAUAGGAAACUACAAAUUUGCUUGUGUCUUGAUAAGUGUAUUCAACAGUAUUUUUGAGAAAGGUAAAAUUUUGAAAAUUAGAGAUUAUUACUCAUUAUUCAGCUUUGAAUAGAAGAGAUCUGAAUAGUAAUUUUCAAGAUUUUCUGCAUUUUCGUAUUUCAAAAAAAUGUUGAUAUCUCUGGAGGCUUAUUCAAUCAUAUGCUUCUUUUUUCCCGCCUCUUCAUAUUGCUGCAUUUUAUUGUCUUGAGGAAGUGUAUUGAUCUGACUCACAAGUACUUUCAAUAAUUAUGUAUUUGUUAUCAACUGAAUAAUUGUCAUUAUGUAUUUGAUUUUUCUUAACUUUGUCAUUUUUUAUCUCCAUCUUUAUUUCAUCUGAACAUACUAUAAAACAAAGCUGUAAAUGUUUUCAAUGGAUCAAGCCAAGCUUACUGCAACAUAUACAAUUCAUGUAAAAUUAGCAUCAGAAGACUUUAUCUCUAACGUUGAUGAGAAAGUAUGUUUCCCUUGUAAUCUUAUUAUGUUGUGUACAUUUUUAUGAAAUGGAAAAAAUCAAAACAAAAAUAUGAUGUAUAUGAUAAACCCUGCUGUAAAUAGAAAAUGAAGACAAAAAAAUAACAAAACAAAUAUUAACAUGACCUUGUUACAAGUAUUUGUUGCUGCAGUAUUAAUGUAUGCACAUGUUAUGCAGCAUAUUUAUACGGUAUAGAAUGCAUCUAUUUACCAUUCGUUUCAAAUGUAACAUUUACAAGUGAGAUCAAAUUAAUAUUAUGUAAAUGUGUUCUUUUUCAAAAUCAUCCAACUGAAUUUGAUGUCUAGUUGACACGGUAAUCUCAGUUGGAAUAGUGUCAAGUGUUGGGAACUAGAACGAUAUUGUGAAAAAAGAAAAGUAAUACUGAAAUCAAAAGCAAAAUAUUGAUAUACAAACAAAUGUAUAAUAAAUGGGCUGAUGUUGGAAAUCGAAGUAUGGAGUCGAUUAUGUAAACCUAAUUAAACAUAAAAACCUUACUUUGAAUCUUUUAACUGUCCAACUUAACCAUGAAAACAGGAAAGCUUAAACUUAUAUCUUGAUGAGUGUGCACGUUCUGAAUGUAAUAUUCAGGGCCAAGAUUAGAGAAUAGAAUUGUGAUACAUGUUUUUUGGGGGUGUGGAAAAAGUGUUUGUGGAUACCAACUCGUCUUGAUUGUUUCACUUGUUAUAAACAGAGACGUUAUAUACUACUGGCUGUAUAUGUCUCUGAUGUAGCACACUGCAUAAAACUGCUAGCACACCUAAUUCAUGUUAUACGUUUUUCUUCAUAUAUAUGCUUCAAACUGAAAAAACCCGUCUUGUUUGUCUUUGAAAUAAAAGUUAAAUAUAA